AUGUCCUACACCUCCCCUCCACCGCCACCUCCCGCAUCGUCGUCGUAUUAUCCAUCGACUCCGCCUGCACCACCGCCCAAGCCGAAGGCGUCCUCCACCCCCGCACGAGGACCCCCGCUACCACCACCCCCGCCGCAGAACGAGCCGCUGGAGUUGGAUGGUGGACAAGGAGGGCAAUAUCAGCAGAGUCGGCAAUACUACAACCAACAAGAGCGAGGAGAAUAUCGAUAUGCGCAGCAGCAACACCAGCCGUUACCCGACAUCCCACCCGUAGAAGCUGGCUGGCUACCAGAUAGUGUUAGGGAGAAGACUACAUCCGACCUCCACCACCUCCUCAACACUCCCGACCUCCAACAGGCACUCCUCACAAACCCCAACACAACCCACCCCUCCAUCCCCGCGGCGCAAAGCACUCUCCAACCACUCCUCCAGCAGAACUUAGCCCUUACCGAUGCUCUCAGCAAUCUCGAAUCUACCUUAUCGCAAAGGCGCGCAGCCAUACAAUCACGCCUACUGGCCCUCCGAGCUCUAGAGCAACAACACUCGAACAAAGUCAAGGAGACGGAAGAGGCCCUCUCACAGUUCUCCCCAAUGGCUCUGUAUCAGCGACUGAAUGCAGGCGCGGGGGAGCAGGAAUUACUGGUCAGAGGGGUGGAAGAAAGUUGGCUCGAAGAAGGCGGGUUGGCGGACGAGAGGGAGGUGGAGUCUUUUGUCCGGAGAGUGAAGGAGGGCUCGAAGCAGAGCUUCUUGAGAAGGGAGAGAAGAGAGCGAUGGGACGAGGGGAGGGUAGGCGGAUGGAGGUGA